AUGUCGGUGCUGGUGGAGACGACGCUGGGAGCGCUGGUGCUGGACUUGUUCGUGGAGGACUGUCCGCUGGCGUGCACCAACUUCCUCAAGCUGUGCAAGACCAAGUACUAUCACGGCUGCCUGUUUUUCAAUGUGCAAGAGAACUUUAUGGUGCAGGCAGGGGACCCCACAGCCACUGGGACUGGCGGGGACUCUAUUUAUGGCAAACUCUAUGGUGCUCAAGCCAGGUAUUUUGAGGACGAACUGCCAAAAACAAAGGGGAGGUCCCAUGAAGACCGCAGCGGACUGUUAGGGAUGGCUUCGGCUUCAGCCAAUCAGAACGCGUCCCAGUUUUACAUCACCACAAGGGCCGAAGAUAUGGCAUAUCUGGAUGAGCAACAUUCUAUUUUUGGCGAAGUGGCAGAAGGCAUGGACGUAUUGGACAAAAUCAACGCGUUAUUUGUGGACAAGGACUACAGACCGUACCAGGAUGUCAGGAUCAAGCACACGUACGUGCUGGACGACCCGUUCCCGGACCCUAAAGGGCUGGACGAGCUGAUCCCUCCGUCGUCGCCCACUCGGGAGAGACCCGAAGAGGAACAAGUGGAGCCGAGACUUGCAGCUGACGAGAAGCUGGACGAGAAUGAAGGCAGAACGGAGCAGGAGAUCGAGAAGGCCGUACGAGAGAAGGAGGCCAAGUCCCGUGCUGUAGUCCUCGAGAUGAUCGGCGACUUGCCAGAUGCAGACGUCAGGCCGCCGGAGGAAGUUCUCUUUGUGUGUAAACUGAACCCCGUGACGGAGAGCGCAGAUCUAGAUAUGGCGUUCUGCAGGUUCGGUCCGUGCAAGUCGGAGGUGAUUCGAGAUCAGAAGACAGGGGACUCGCUGUGCUUUGCGUUUGUCGAGUUCACCGACCGUAGACAUUGCGAAGAAGCGUACUUUAAGAUGAACAAUGUGCUGCUGGACGAUCGACGGAUCAAGGUGGAUUUCAGCCAAUCGGUGUCCAAGCUGUGGAAUAAAGUCAAGCGACGGCCGUGGGAGAAGACGAGCAAGCGUGACGGCGAUACGUACGCCGAUAACAGGAAAGGAGGGCGUGGUAGUAGGAACGGCGGAGGACGCCGUGAAUUGGGUGGUGACUUGAGAUUGAAGUCACGCGGUGCGGAUGAGUUUAAACUCGUGGAGGAAGAGGAAGCGGCGUCGUCGCGUCGAUCUAAACCAGCCUCUGGGCGUGAUGACCGCACACGAAGCCGUAGUCAAGAUCGAAGGCGAUCGGCGCGCAGGGAAAGCGACUCAGCUCGAUACAAGCGAACGAGUCCCAGCCGCGAGCGUGGCAAGGAUCGACACCGUGAAAGACACGAACGACGACGCCGAAGCCGGAGUCGUUGCCGGGAUCGCGACAGACGCAGUCGUAGUCGGAGUCCUAGCAGCAGUCGCAGGGGUAAACGAAAUGGCGAUCGCGAUCAUCGUUCAAGGUAAUUCUUGUACAGAGGGAAUUGGCAUAUUUUAAUGUCGUCCAUCGUCCGACGCGGAAUUUCCAAAUGGUAAUUUCUAUCUCGCUUGAUUGGCGCUUGGACAAGGGGGACACAACGUUGAAGACGAGAUGUCGUCAGUCUUUAAAACUGGAAUGUACCGCUCACUUAUCAG